AUGAAUUUUUAUUAUUUUUUAAUAUUUAUUAUUACUGUAAAUACGUGUUCAGGAUCUCCAAGAGUCUGUAAUUUAAUUUUGUUCCAGCUUAAGUAUGAGCUCAACCCAGGAUGCGGGAUUCUAUGCGAUGAAAUGGGUUUAACAACUUUGCACUUAAAAGCAGAAGGACCUAAUGAUACUCUGCAUUACUUAUGGGAUUUCGUCGGUAAUCCGUCAGUUCUUUUAGCAGUAACUUCCCCAGCUGCUAAAUUGAAUAUUGAAUGGGAUAGAUAUUUAACUAGACAGCCAAAGUCUAUUAAUUUUACUGAGGAGCCUAUUUAUACGUUUGGGUUAGUUAUUCAAAAGAUUAUAGAAUUUAACGAUGUAUAUGAUAAGGCAUCGAUAGACAAUGUAAAAAAUGAUGAUAUAAAUAUAUUAAAUCCAGAAUAUUUUAAUUGGACAAGAAAGAACAGCAUAAAGAGUAAUCAGUUUGUGGAAUUAGAUAUGAUAGGACAAAAUUAUACAGAUCCUGAAUUAAAUAUUACCAGAGCGGGAAAUAUUGAAAUUAUUUUAAAUGGAUUUUGCACAUUAGAACACUCGGAUGUAAUUCCGCACAUGUUACACUCCGAAAAUUCAACGCAGAUUGAUUUUAUAAUCAACCAUCUUCGCACUAAUUCGUCAUUCGACAAAAGUAGAUUUGGACUUGAGCUUAUGGUUGUUAGUGAAGGAGAUUCUAGUACAAGAAUGUCAAUUGAUACGAAAAAAAGCUUAGAUGAUGAAUACACUCCUGGAAUAUUUGAGACCAUUGAAAUGAAAACUCCAGAAAAUAAAAAUAAAUUCAGUGGUUCAGGUUACUUACAAUGGAGACCUGUGUCUUAUUUGACAUCACACCGCGAUGUUACUGCUUCAACAGAAACCUCUUUUUACAAUAUAAUUAAUUGCUCAAAUAUUACCAAUAAUUCAAUAUUAUAUGCCUUUUAUGGAGAUAGCAAUAAUUUAUUAAUAAAUAAAAUAAAUGUAACGAUUGGUUCAUCUGGAGAUGGAUUCUACAAAAAAACAAAUUAUGCUACCUGGACAUUCCUCGUGGGCUACGGAAAUCCACCAGGUGAACAAUUUUCGUACUUGGUGAUCUUAAUAAUAUCCAUAGGAGUCGGUUUGCCGUUAUUAAUAAUGUCAAUUGCUGGCAUUUACAUCUGUAUCCGGAGACUGCCCAGAAGAGAGUCCAGUAGGCUAGUGGAGUCUUGA